AAUUUUAUUAGGUACACCAGAAACAUGAAAAUAAUCUCAAUCACAAAAAUAAUAUUCCUCCUCCAGAUUUGGAUAUUGCUAAAUGUUUCCCCCAGUGUUGCUCAUCAAUUUCCAGCAUUUAACAAGCUCCAACUUCCAUUACGAACCAUAGGCCCUGAAUCUGUUGCUUUCGAUAGAAAAGGUGGCGGACCUUACACAGGUGUUGCAGAUGGCAGAGUAGUCAAAUAUCAAGGUCCAAAAGUUGGCUUCACUGAUUUUGCUAUUACAUCACCAAAUAGAACUAAGGAAAGAUGUGAUGGCAAAAAUGGCCCAGAAUUACAACAAAUAUGUGGAAGACCGUUUGGCCUUGGAUUUUACUACAAAACUGGUGACCUCUACAUAACUGAUGCAUAUUAUGGACUCGUGGUGGUUAGACCAAGCGGAGGGCUUGUUACACACCGUGUUACUAGCUUUGAGGGCAGGCAUUUUGCCUUUCUCGACGCACUAGACAUCGACCAAAAAGUCGGAGUCGUUUAUUUUGUAGAUUCAGGAGCUGUAUUCCAGACUGGUAACAGGACUAAAAUAGUUGAAAGCAGAGAUACAUCAGGAAGAUUGUUCAAGUAUGACAUUGGAACAAAACAGGUCACAUUAUUGCUACGUGGACUUUCAGGGCCAGUUGGGGUGGCACUCAGCAAAGAUAGUUCAUAUGUCUUGAUCACAGAAUAUAUUGCUCAAAGAAUUCGGAGGUUUUGGCUUAAAGGUGCAAAAGCAAAUUCAUCAGAUGUUUUCACAAAUGUAGAAGGAAUUCCAGAUAACAUUAAGAGGACUGUGUUGGGGGACUUUUGGGUGGCUAUAUCCAACACGAAACAACAUACUACAUUUUCGAUAGGACAAAGGAUCAAUCAAGUCGGAAAAGUCGUGGAAGCACGUAAUUUCACAGAUCAAUAUAAUACUCCCAAUGGGAUUACUGAGGUUCAAGAACAUAAUGGCAGGCUUUAUGUUGGGUGUUUAGACCAGAACUUCAUUGGUGUUUUUCGAGUUUGAUGUCUUCUGUUUUUCAAGAAUAAGCUUUAUGAAAUAGAGCAUAUACUAUGUACACUAAAUAAAUGGCUGCAGACCUCUCUUGCAACAUAAAAAUUGUACUAUCUCCAUAGUGAUCUUGAACUUACAAAAAGCCAAUUGGACUGUUAAAACUAUGCAUUUUCCAUAUGAUAUCAAUUCCCAGUUAA